UAUUGUUAUUUUCUUUGGCGGUUCUGGAUCAUGUUAUGUGAUUAAAUUUUGCACCUUGAUUUUUUGUUUGUGUGUCUUUGAAUCUAUGGGUUCGUUGUCGGAUUGUUGCUGGGAUUGUGGGUAUCUAAUAAUCAACAUAAAGGUUCUGUUUUUCAUGUUAAUUACUUGAUUUUAUUUUCUUUCAGAAAAAGAAAAUUGUUUCGAUUCUCUGUUGUUCCAUUUUUCUUUCUCUUGUUUUGAAUAAUGAGUCUUAAUAUAUUUUGGGCAUAUAUGGGUUUGUGUUAAUAUAUCUGUCAUAUGUUACUUAUGGCAUUGUUGAAUUUUUGGUAUUUGAUCAUCAUAUGGUUGUGAAGAGAAUACAGCAGUGAAACUUAUCGGAAGUUUCUUAUGUUCUUCCUUAUCAUUGUGUUGUAAAGGUUUAGCCUCUGUGGACAUGAAUUCUUUGUCUACUCUAGUUUAUUGCAUCAGUUUGAUUGUCCCGUUGGAGAACUUCUACACCUCCUCCUCCUUCUCCCCUUUCUGGUCUUCCUUGGUAACCAGCUAGUCUAGACAAAGACUCCUAGAAUUUCACUUAUUUUGCAACUCAAUUUUGAACUUUAAAAUCCAAGAGUACAUAUUCUGCGCUGAAUUUAUGGUUUGAAUGAUUGCAUUGUUGUAGCUGAUGGGUUACUACCACCUGAUCGACAUUAGUUUCUGAAUUUCAUUCUUUUUAUAUUUUCAAGGCUCGGUAAGAAAAGUUAAUCAAAUGGAGAAUGGUCUGAUUAGAAGAGGUAGACAAAGAUUGAUUUUUUUAAAUCUGAAUGGAUUUUCAGUUUUUGACAGAGUACAAUGGCCUCACUUGAUCCAUAUAAUCUAACACAUCAAAAGUGGGAUAAGGCUUGGUGAUUGUUGUGUAGUUUUAAUGUUUCUAUGGAUUUGAAGAGGGCUAAAGACAGGGUGACGACCCAACAGUGAGUGAGACCUAAAACAAACUUUGAGAGAGGCUUUUUAACUUAUAAUGAGAAAAUUGUACAUUGGGUCUUGCCAAAACAUGCUGCCCUUUUGCUUUAUAAAAACUAAUAGCAAAUAUUUUUUUAUUAGUGGCCUAAAGCUUGAGCUGUAAUAUCCCUACCCUGACUAAAGAGUCCAUAAAGCAAGUAAAUGUUGAUGGCUCUUCUACCUUGAGCAUGGAUAGUAAAAGGCAAAUAACUGAAUUAAGUGAUUCUAACUAGUUUUGAUAUGAGAAGUUCAUGUCAUGUGAUAAUCACAGAGAGUCAAUUAUGUGGAAAUGAAUUUUUUUUACUUGUCAAAACAACUUUGUUGAUGCAUUUUGUAGUAGUUUUUUCUAGUUGGGGAGUGGUAAGAUUCGUGACUAUGGGAAUAAAAAUUUGUCUUACCCUUUUAAGUUUAAACCAACCAAUUGAUACUGAAGGACAAUGUAUUGUUUUUUACACAUUUUCUAAUUUUUUAGUGUUUGUUUUCCUAGUUGGUGGUGUCUAGUAUAUUUAGUUUGUUGAAACUCCUACUAUUUUUCGUUUUAGGUAAAUUGUGGAACAAGAUAAUAGGGUGCCAGAUUAUGUGAAUUUAAACUACAUAGUAGUUGCUUUAAUUUUUUCUAUGAAAACAUCUGGGCUACAUAACAACAGUAGUAGCUAUUCUCCUCUACUAUACUUCUUUUAACAAAGAUUAGCCUUGGAUCUCCAUCAUGAAGUAUGCAAUAUCCAUUUCUCAACCAAUAAGGUUCUUUAGUGUAUGCAUUUUCAAUUAUAUGUGCAUAGGCAUUUUGACAUUAUUGGAUGCUGGCAUUUUUAAAUAGCACCAUUAAUCACAUUGCAAUGUUGAAGUUGAUAAGAUCUUGAACCAACAUUGAAUGCUGAAUUGAUGAUGUCAAUUAUUUUUAGGAAACGCAGAACAUAAGAGACUUGAUUUUUAAAUUCCUAGCGAGGAUAUUUAAUUUUCGAAGUUCUCUAUGGUUUAAUUUAUUUAUUUAUUUAUUUAUAUCACCCGUGAUUAGGAUUUCGGCUCUGUAUUGGUUAUUUGCAAAUUAUGUAGUGCAUGCUAAUAUAUUUUAAUUGAGUACAUUUUUUACCCCUAGGAUCUUUGUUGUUAUUAAUAAUUGUCCUCCUGAUUUGUUAUUAUUUUAAUUACUAGAUUGCGGUUUCCCCUCUUUUCAGCCUUUUGAAUUCAAAAUGGAAGAAAAGUCUACAUCAUGCAAUGUGUGUGACACAUGGUGCUCAUUUUCAUUGUAUGUGCAUAUUGAACAAGUGGCAGCAACAGCGGUGUGGGAAUUGAUGACUUUAUUGAUAAAACCUAUAAGGGAAAGCGAACCAGUAAGUGCUCUCCUAAGACAGCGUUUGGUUCUCUGCUCUGUUGAGUACCGCAUGCAAUUGUAGGCAACACGCAAGUUGUGAGGGAGUACCUUCCUAGUUCCCCAGCGAACAAAGGGAGUCAUCAUUAGCAAAAGCAGCACUGUCCAGGUUAGGUUGUUGAGCAGAUGAUGUUUAUAGCUGUGCUACUUGGGUUGGGGUGAUCCAAAUUUGAGUUGUAUUGAAUCUGAACAUCAUUCAUACUGCAAGAACACCAGUGUCCAAGAAUCUUGUCAAAUUUAGUUGGCAAAUCGAACGGGUGCCUCAAACAUAAUGGGUGAUGUGGUUACAGUUUGUGAUAUCUGUGGGGAUCAAGGAUUUGAAGAGUAUCUUGCUAUUUGUAACAAGUGUCCUGAUGGGGCAGAACACAUUUAUUGUAAUGAUGAAAAGUUGGAAAAAGUGCCAGAUGGUGAUUGGUGGACCUGCGAAGACUGCAGGAAGUCACCAGGUAAUGAAUUACCAACAUUGGGCUCACAAACCGAGAUAGAACAUGCUCAAUGCUCUCCUCUAUUGAAUUCAGAAUUUAAUGGACAGCUGACAAAUCGGGAGGUUGAGAAAAAUGUAGCUAUUCAUGAUACUAGAAAGAGGAAAAAUCUUGGAUUGCUGUCCAAAUCUGUGUCAUUUGAUAAUGCUAGCUCAGUGAAAUUAAAUGGCAAAUGCUCUGAAGUUAUUGCAGCAAAUGACUCGGCAUACACACCUGUGUCAAAUCCUCUUAAGCGUCAAAAGAAUAGAGAUAUGGUUGGAGUUCGUGAAAUUGGUGAAUCUGAUGCUAUGGAUACAAGGUCUUCAGGUGACAGAAUUUUGUUAGGUGGAGGAGAUAAUUUCAAUUCUGGUUGUUCUGAUUCGAGACAAUCCCUUGAUGGGAAAAAGGUAACACCUGAAUCUGUUCCAGAAGAUGGCCCCUGUAUGUCUGUUGAGAAUGUGGGUGACAAUCCUAGCAAAGAUGUGAAAAGUAAGAUGCCAAUGGAAGAGAAUAACAAUGCUGACAAUGGUAAGCUGCAUGGCAAGCGUCCAAUGGACGAGAAAAACGAUGCUGACAGACUAGAAUCCUCUCUUUCACCUGCAAGCUCUGAGGACCUGCGUGAUUGGGAAGGUUUAGAAACUUUGAGCACUUUGCUGUGGCUUAGGAAAAUUAGCGGUCCUUUUGUGUACACUGGCUCACAGUGAUAUUUAUCAUUUCCAGUAGUACAUACUCCAUAGAACAUUCAACUGUAGGAUGGAGCAUGGCUUGUUUGUCUUUGUUUUUGCCGGAUUUCCUUUAUUCUACUUGUUGUCCUUUUCCUUGGUACAUAAUUUCAGUGAAAGAGUUUAAACGAGUCUUACUCAAUUAA